GACAGGAUGGAGCGGAUGGAGUCCAUGGAGCCGAUCUCGGCGCACUACACCACCUCUUACCCGGAGAUCCAUCCCGACAGCGGCUACGAAUCCAGAGAGACCACCGACAGCCAGGCAAAGACUCCCCCAGCUCCGACAUAUGAUGAGGAACUCGUGCACAAGACAAUCCUCGUCGGGGACAGCGGAGUGGGAAAGACAUCGCUGUUGGUGCAGUUCGACCAGGGAAAGUUCAUCCCCGGCUCCUUCUCUGCUACAGUGGGCAUUGGAUUCACGAAUAAAGUGGUGACUGUUGACGAUGUGAAGGUCAAGCUACAGAUUUGGGACACGGCGGGACAGGAGAGGUUCAGAAGUGUGACACAUGCAUAUUACAGAGACGCACACGCUUUGCUCCUCCUGUACGACAUCACCAGCAAAACCUCCUUUGACAACAUUAGGGCAUGGUUAACAGAGGUCCAUGAGUAUGCACAGAGCGAUGUAGUCAUCAUGUUGCUGGGCAACAAGGCCGACAUGAGCAGCGACAGAGCGAUCAGGAGAGAUGAAGGAGAGAGGCUGGCCAGAGAGUAUUCAGUCCCUUUCAUGGAGACGAGUGCCAAGACGGGAGUCAACGUAGAGCUGGCUUUCACUGCAGUGGCCAAGGAACUGAAGCACCGGGCCGUCCAGCAUCCCAAUGAACCCAAGUUCCAGAUCCAUGAAUACAUUGAAGCCCAGAGGGAGAAGUCGGGCUGCUGCAGUUACUUCUAA